GGCCGCGCCUGCGCACUGGUCACCCGUACGGAGCCAUGGCGGCGGCUGCGGCGGCGGCCGCGGCGGCCGCUGCAGCCGAGGUGCCGGAGGUCCUUCGGGAAUGCGGUUGCAAGGGCAUCCGGACCUGUCUUAUCUGCGAGCGGCAGCGCGGCGGAGACCCGCCCUGGCAGCUGCCCCCAGCGAAAACACACCAUUUCAUUUACUGCUCUGACACCGGCUGGGCCGUGGGCUCGGAGGAAUCUGACUUUGAGGGCUGGGCCUUCCCCUUCCCAGGAGUGAUGCUGAUCGAGGACUUUGUGACUCAGGAGGAAGAAGCCGAGCUGGUGCGGCUCAUGGACUGUGACCCCUGGAAGCUCUCCCAGUCUGGACGGAGGAAGCAGGACUAUGGCCCCAAAGUCAACUUUCGAAAACAAAAGCUAAAGACCGAGGGCUUCUGCGGCCUCCCCAGCUUCAGCCGGGAGGUGGUGCGGAGGAUGGGCCUCUACCCGGGGCUGGAGGGCUUCCAGCCCGUCGAGCAGUGCAACCUGGACUACUGCCCCGAGCGCGGCUCGGCCAUCGACCCGCACCUGGACGACGCAUGGCUGUGGGGGGAGCGGCUGGUCAGCCUCAACCUCCUGUCGCCCACCGUGCUGUCCAUGUGUCGGGAGGCACCCGGGAGCCUGCUGCUCUGCUCCGCCCCCUCAGCCGCCCCGGAGGUCUUGGUCGACAGCGUGAUCGCGCCCAGCCGCUCGGUGCUGUGCCAGGAGGUGGAGGUGGCCGUCCCCUUGCCGCGCCGCUCCCUGCUGGUGCUCAGGGGGGCCGCGCGGCACCAGUGGAAGCAUGCCAUCCACCGCAGACACAUCGAGGCCCGCCGCGUCGGCGUCACUUUCCGGGAGCUGUCGGCCGAGUUCGGCCCCGGAGGGAAGCAGCAAGAGCUGGGCCAGGAACUCCUGCGGAUCGCCCUCUCCUUCCAGGGCAGACCCGUGUGAGCCGCCUGUCUGGCUCCAGACCUGACUGAUCCUGGGAUCGAAGCCGGGAGCCCAGAACAGGGCCUUCCGCAACUCACGGGGCGGCAGAAGAGGGCUGAUCCCUGGUGGUGUGAGCAUCGCGAGUCCUGCCCCGGGAGCGGAUUUUGAUGGGAACGCCCUUCGGGACAGCCCCCUUCCACCUGGACUGUGGCCAGGCUUCUUUUGGUUAUCUAGUUUGUCACAGUCAAGGGGACAUGGGAUAAUUUGAGGUUAAAAAAUAUUGGGGGCCGCCCGCAGUGGCUCACGCCUGUAAUCCCAGCACUCUGGGAGGCCGAGGUGGGCGGAUCACUUGACACCAGGAGUUUGAGACCAGCCUGGCCAACAUGGCAAAAACCCGUCUCUACAAAAAAAUACAAAACUUAGCCAGGCGUGGUGACUCACACCUGUAAUCCCAACUACUCGGGAGGCUGAGGUUGGAGAAUUGCUGGAACCCAGGAGGCGGAGGUUGCAGAGAGCCGAGAUCACACCACUGCGCUUCAGCCUGUCGCACGGAGCAAGGCUGUUU